UCCUUCCUCAGCUGCUGACGUCAGCUGGCAGGCUGGGCUGUGCUCGCCGCUCCGGACAUUGAGGAAAAUGCUGCUCUCCGUACCGCCAAGGGCAGGAAUCAACCCGUACAACGGCUACAACAGCAGGAACAGCAAAAAGCAGACCUAUGUGUCCUCCGGCCAUCAGAUGGCUCCCCCAAGUCCCAACAACAACAGUAGCAGCAACAGCAGUGUGGGAGGGGAACAGCUGAGUAAGACUAACCUGUACAUCCGUGGCCUUCAUCCUGGGACCACGGACCAAGACCUGGUCAAGCUCUGCCAACCGUAUGGGAAGAUUGUGUCGACCAAGGCCAUCUUGGAUAAAACCACCAACAAAUGUAAAGGAUAUGGCUUUGUGGACUUUGACAGUCCAGCAGCAGCACAGAAAGCUGUUACAGCUCUGAAGUCCAGUGGGGUCCAGGCUCAGAUGGCCAAACAACAAGAGCAGGACCCCACCAACCUCUACAUCUCCAACCUGCCAGUGUCUAUGGAUGAACAAGAGCUGGAGAGCAUGCUCAAGUCCUUUGGCCAGGUCAUUUCCACACGCAUCCUCCGAGAUGCUAACGGGACCAGCCGCGGUGUGGGCUUUGCCAGAAUGGAAUCCACAGAGAAGUGCGAGGCCAUAAUUCAGCAUUUCAAUGGCAAAUUCAUCAAAACUCCACCGGGAGUGCCUGUGCCCUCAGAGCCCUUAUUAUGCAAGUUUGCAGAUGGAGGUCAGAAGAAGAGGCAGAACCAGGGGAAAUACCUCCACAAUGGAAGGCCUUGGGGUAGAGAUGGAGAUACGGGAGGAAUGACGCUUGCGUAUGACCCCACCGCCUUACAAAAUGGCUUCUACUCCUCACCCUACAGUCUGGCUCCAAACCGAAUGAUCGCCCAGACUUCCCUCUCCCCCUACAUGCAUUCUCCUGUCUCAUCCUACCAGGUACACAGCCCGUCCUGGAUGCACCAUCAGUCAUACCUCAUGCAGCCAGCUGGUACAGUUCUUACCCCAACAAUGGAGCACGCCAUGUCCAUUCAGCCCACGUCCAUGAUGGGACCUCUUGCCCAGCAGCUAAGCCACCUGUCCCUGGGCAGCACUGGCACAUAUAUUCCGGCCAACUCAACUAUGCAGGGGACCUACAUCCCCCAGUACAACCCAGUGCCUCCCUCCAGUGGCCCAGUAGAGGAGAAUGGUGGUCAACAGCAACAGGUUGCUAUGGAGACUCCCCCAGAACACACAAACUACUCGUACCAACACACCAAGUGAAGCUAAGCUCCCAGCAGGGUGGGGCCGAGGGCACGAGAUGAAUCCAACCAAACAGGAUUCAGCUGAACUGUGCUCUUUACAUCACCAAGCACCCAGACUUGAACAUGGAUAACAAAAGGAACAUGUGUGUGUGUGUGUGUGUGUGUGUGUUUGUGUUUGUUUGUGUGUGUGUGUCUGUAUUCUUUUUUUUUUUUAAGAAAAAGGACAACACUUAUGUCAUUGGACUUUCCUGCUCACAUCCUCAAGAGUUGAUCAACCAAAGGUGGGAAUCUUCUUCACAGAAGCUUUGAUCUAUUUUGAUAUCUGAAAAAAAAGGAACACAACAAAAAGUUAAAAAGAAAACUAAGAAAAAAAAACUUAGGAGAGGAGGAAAGACACAGAGCAUUAUUUUUGUGCACGUAAUAUAACAAAUUCUUAUUUUUAAAAAAUAGAUCAUUCUGGACGUUUCAGGGUGAUUCAAGGAAGAGUUGAAACACAAUGUGUCUUUUAUUUUUUUUGUAAAAUAUGCAAACUUUUAUUUUUAAUUUCCUGAUUGUCUGUUGUUUGACGUUCCAUUUGCAGCAGUGGAGGAAUCAAUUUGUACAGAUUCAAAAAAACACUUUUGCUGGUCUGAUGUGUCGAGUCAUUGUAACCGUGGGGAGGCGAACCGUUUAAAGCUACUUCUUCCUGUAACUGCUGCAGAGAUUUCUAUUCACGCACAGAUGAUAAUAACAAUGUUUAUUGUUUAGUCAAAUUCCUUUUUUUUUUAAAUUAUUCCAUAAGUGAAUAAAAGACAAUCAAUUAUUUCUAUUUAUAUUUGAAUUGUAGUGCUAUUUUUUUCUUUUUAGAUCAUUGGAACAAACAUUUAUAGAAAAUAAGUUAUUUAAUACUGUAGUCUAUAUAGACAUGGUGAAACUGACUUAACCCUGCGCAUUAACGAUGAGCUUUAAUAUUUCGGCUCAUUAGCAGUUUUGAUGCUUUAAUUACUUUUUAAUUAAGUUCAAGUCGUGUAUGCACCAUUAAGUGAAACCUGCUCAUAAUAAUAGUCGUCCUGUUUUGUUAUUAUGUAACUCCAUUUUACAUCUGGAUCCAUGAGAAGUGGUUUUAAGCGGUUUUGCUGUGGCAAUCCUUCAGGUGUCAUUAAAUUCAACCUCUGUCGUAGGGAUGAAAUGAACGUGCUUUAGAUCUAAGCGGUUAGAUUACUGAAAGAUUAUGUGUACAAAGAACAAUGCAGUUACUAAAUUAAGAUAUAGUUUAGCAAAAGCAAUGAGGGAAAUCAAAUAGAAGACUAACUCGAUCCCUGAGAAUAAUUAGUUUGGAAGGAGAGGGAGCUGUUAAGUCUUUUUUCAAUGCUGCUGUUGUCACCUGAGUUUGAUUCUCUGUCAGUGAUUUUUAGUUUGUAGAAAGUUAAAUGUUUCUGUUUUUCUUUAAUGUGUCUCUUGAAAACCUUUUGAGCUAAUUUGCCUUAUUUUUGAUGAAUUUAUCUUUGAAGUAGAUUAGAUUUUUAGCUUUUUACAGAGAGUAGAUGUUAGUUUCUUUUUUCUCUGCGUAGGAAUUGAUGCUGUUUUCUUGUGCACAUCACAUUUUCUUUUGUUUUGUUUUUCGCUCAAAUUUCCGUUCCAAACCUUGUGCCGUUUGUCCUCAUAUUGUGUCGGGCCUGUUUGUGGAAAGCCUUUCAGAGUGGAGAGUUGAACCAAACAAUGACUUCAUAUAGUGCUGAUCCAAAGGAUUCAUACUGAUGCUGCAUCAGUGUUGAUGCUCAAAGAGGCAUGUUUCAGUUUCAUGUUUCAGUUUAUCAAGUGGAGCUCAUGUCACAGUGCAUCCAAAUAUGUUGAUCUUUAAUUUAUGCAGACAUCAAAAACUGUAGAUAUGUAGAUAAUAGAAAUAAUGGUUUUACAAUGGACUGCUCACUAGACCAUGGAAGUGCCAUUAAAGAUGAUUCUUACAGCCUUUAGUGAGACAGCCUGAGUGAAUUUAGGAGUCAUCCAAAAUUCUGCAAAAACAAGUUUUAGCUAAGCCUUAAUUUUCUUCUCUGGAUGAACUGCCUGACCUCUCAUAGGAUAGACACAAAGUUGUACAUACUACAGAAAUGACAACAGGCUUGUUUGAAUGACAUGGAGUUAGUCAUCACGUCAGUCGAGUUAGCUGUAGGGUUACGAGGAGCUUUUCUUCCCGAUCUUCAACCAUAGAUGUUUGAGUCCAGUGAUAAAAACGUCUUUCUUAGGGCUUUGCAGUUCGGUGAUUCUGUUUCUAACUCUUUUUUUUUUCACAUGUCAACUUUGUGCUGUGUGUUUCUAUUGUUUCUUUCUGCAACCAAAGAUGUUGUAGCCACCCAUCUUUUAGCUCUCUGUCACAUAUAAAGUGCUCGCAUUCGUAUACGAUCACGUGUUGUGUGUAGCUGGAUGAAAUGCCCCUUUUUCUGCUUCCGACAGAUUCAGAAAGGGAAAUAUCACAGUAAGGGUGGUGACAUGUACAAAAUAUUCCACAUUAAGACCACAGUUUAAGGUUUUGUGAGAACUUUUUGCCACUACUGUAUCCGUCAUAUAGUAAAGGACAUGUAAAUUAUCUGGUUUUGUUGACGUGUUAAUUAAGCUGAGAUUCACUCAGUUUACGUAAUGGAGUGUUGGUGCAUAUGUAAAAAGACUCAUUAUGAACUUUAUUGGCAUUUGCAGACAACCCAAGCGACAUCCAGAGCUUUUACGAUGGUGACAGUUUUCAGACACGAGAGCAAAUUUUGUAAAUAGCCUUUUUUUCCCUUCCACUUCCUUCUUUGUUACUUUGUGUGUGUUUUUAUUUUUAAUUUUAAAAAAAAAUGAUUUAUAGCCUGUCCAGAUAACACAGUGACUUGCAAGGUUUUCAGAUUCAGUAACCCAUGAAGGAAAUGUCAUGGAUGUUGUUUAUAUGUUCAGAGAAAUGAUAUUCCAUGUAAUAGCCAUCACUUUAAUACAAAAACAGGAUUUUGAAACUAUGAAAUGACCACUUGUUACAAUGACGUGUUUUAUUUAUUUUAUUUUUUUACAAACUUGUCAGCAGAGAUAAUAUUACAGAAAGUCAUGGUGCUCCAAAAUGAAUAAGCAUCAUGAGAUUUCUAGAAAGUUACAGUUAAACUGUAGAAAUACUGAAAUCAACGGUGUGCUCGACACACAAUAUUUGAAAAUAAAACAAAAUCUUGUUGCACUUAUUAUUUUAAGUCCAAACUAAUUUAAAAAAUGCUCUUUUUGUCCAUUCUAAUGUUGAUUUGAUGGCUUAUUUCAUAGCUCCAAAAUGUUUUGCUGCUAAAACAGGAUUUCCAAACAGGUGGUUUGAUGUUGCCCACUCUGAAUUUUCAAAAUGUCCCUUUCUAUUUUAAUUUGGUAAGAACAGAGUAUCCCUAAUUUGUUAGAUUUUUCAGUCAUAGCUUCAUGAUUUUAAUUUGAAAAAUUAAAGUUGUAAUUUACAUUAUUAAAACUCAUAAAUAUUGUCUUAUGGUGACAUUUUUUAAUACAAAAUAAUAAAAACUUGUUGCUUCACACUGUAUGAACCAUGUUGAUGUGAAUCCAAGACUUUUUGAAAAUCGGACGGGCUCAUCUCACUCCCUGCUUGUUAACAGUUUUCUUAUUUAUACAAGAACUCAUUUUGUACAGUUUUGUUAAGAGGAAAUAGGUUUUGAUAUUUGGUUAUUUUGCAAAGCCACUUGGCUACUUUUGUCUUCCUGUGCCAGAGUUGCUAAAUUGUCUGUAACUUGUGUUUUUUUUAUUGAUUGAGAUAAGAUUUUCCUUCUUUCUUGGUUUUCUCUUUGAAUUUGAAUAUGUCAUUUUUCCUUUUUUUAAUAAAAAUCUGGUUUCAGUGA